AUGACCCUGUCUGGAGGCAGUGAACGAGCCAGCGACAUGUCCGGCCAGACCGUGCUCACAGCAGAUGAUGUGGACAUCGAUGUAGUGGGCGAAGGGGACGACGAGAUGCUCCUGGAGCGAGUGGACAGUGAGUGCGACAGUCCCGUGGGCAGAGGAGCGGAGGAGGACGAGGAUGACGAUGAGAUUGAAGUGGACAAGGACGACAUGAGGUCUGGAGGAGUCAGUCCAUGCUGUGAGAGUUCAGGAGAAGGGGAAGUGAGCGGGAAAUCAGAGGAGCAGAACUCAGGCUCUAUCCAGAAGCCCAAAAGCAGCUUGGUGAAGCCCCCGUAUUCCUACAUUGCCCUCAUCACGAUGUCCAUCCUGCAAAGCCCGCAGAAGAAGCUCACUCUCAGCGGCAUCUGUGAGUUCAUCAGUAACCGCUUCCCUUAUUACCGAGAGAAGUUCCCGGCGUGGCAGAACUCCAUCCGCCACAACCUGUCCCUCAACGACUGCUUCGUCAAAAUACCCCGGGAGCCUGGCAACCCCGGCAAGGGCAACUACUGGACCCUGGACCCGGCCUCCGAGGACAUGUUUGACAAUGGCAGCUUUCUGAGGAGGAGGAAGCGCUUCAAGAGAGUUCAGCCCGACAUGCUCCGGGAUCAGACCGCGCUGAUGAUGCAGAGCUUUGGCGCCUAUAGUUUAGGAGGCCCCUACGGCAGACACUACGGCAUCCACCCCGUCACAUACCCGCACCCAGCGGCCCUGCAGUACCCCUACAUCCCUCCCGUCGGGCACAUGCUUCCUCCGGGCGUCCCGCUGUUGCCCUCCUCAGAACUGAACCGGAAAGCCUUUGGUCCCAGUCUGCAGCUCGCACAGCAACUCAACAGCCUGAGCACCGCGUCCAUGAUCAAGUCCGAGCCCUCAGCCAGGCCGUCCUUCAGUAUAGAAAACAUCAUUGGUGUGUCCAGCUCAUCGUCCACGGCAGCGUUCCUGCGGCCUCCCGUGACAGUGCAGUCGGCCCUGUUGAGCGCGCAGUCUCUCUCUUUGACACGGACCUCAGCAGCAAUCGCACCUCUCCUCAGCGUCCCGUCAAAUAUCAUCUCUGGACACGUUCUACCAUCAGCCACGGCCGCUGCGGUGUCCAAAUGGUCUUCACACUGA